AUUUGAAAGAUGUUUGAACCAAAUAUUUUUAAGAGUUAGCUGUUAAAGGGGCAGAUGACACCUAGGGUUUCCCUAGGUUUUUUCAUUUUUUCUGGCUGUGGAUAUUUCCAUUUGUCCAGCAGCGCGCUUUGUGUACGUCAGAAGUGGGUCUUUGCAACUUAGUUGCAAAACGUAGAGGAGGACUGUUUCUUGCAGGAAUCAUCACGGCAAGGGGGAGUGGCAGAGUAGCGCGGUGAUUGUAGAUCCAUCACACAGUCAAGUGUUUGCAGCAGGGAAGGUGGCUGAUUCAAUAGGAGUUCCAUACACGAAAUUCAUUAUGGCAGUAUACCAAGGAUUGGCCGCAAGCUCCUCUCAGUUAGGCCUCAACGAUGAAGAGGCGAGGAUAACCCGGUUGAAAGUGGAAGAAGACGGAAAUCAAGAGAGGGGGGACCAAGUUGAACUUCUAUCCAAAUUGGAAGCGAAGGUAGUGUUAAUGGUACGUCCCCCUCCUGAACCGCCGCCACGGUUGAGGUCGCCACAAGGGCAUCAUGAAGAUGGGGAAGAGAUGAAGGCAGGGCCAUGGAGAAGCUGUGUGGCUGGGUUUGGCAGAUGAAGCUUGAAAUUUGGAUAUGGCUGCUCGAUCAGUUUAUCUUAUUUAAGUCCGUGUUAUUCAAUUUUAGUUUUUUAAUUAUGAACUAUGAUGGUUUAGUUGAUAUAUUUCUAUUGGGAGGAAAUCAAGCUGACGCAGCCGUUAAUAGCCUCGAAGCUAUCACAUGUUUAGCGAUUAGUCUCGCUCUUUUUCAGGUGGAGUACUCUAUGUCUGACAAGGAAGUAUGGGGUCCGGUGGGCUUAUGGUUAGUGUUCUUAGAGAGAGAGAUUAGUGUCAGAUGAUUAUUAUAUUGCUUGUAAUUCUCCUGUUUUUGAUUUAAUAAAAUAUGUCAGUUUUCCUUUCAAAAAAGGAUGUUUGAACCAAAAAUCUGAUUUGUAUUCGCAUUUAUAUUCUAUAUAUGUUUGAAUUCAAAUCAUAAUUUAUAAAUCCAAAUAACGAAUCAACUUAAAAUUA